CCCCCAUUACACCAACCCCAUUUUAUAAUUCUCAACUCUCUCUCUCUAAAACAAAAUAAAACCAGAGAGAUUGAAACGGAGAGACACAGAGAGAGAUGGCAACCAAAGAAACAGAGGAAACAGAGGAGCUGCUUAAAGGCCAAGCAGAGAUAUGGAAAUAUAUGCUCUGUUUUGCUGAUUCAAUGGCCUUAAAAUGCGCCGUCGAGCUUCACUUAGCUGAUAUCAUCAACUCUCAUGCCUCUCCCCUAUCGCUAUCUCAAAUUGCUUCCUCCAUUGUCGCCUCCGAUCCCUUAGCCACCCCGGAGAUCUCCUACCUCACCCGCAUCAUGAGACUGUUGGUCCGUCGGAACAUCUUCGCCGUUCAUCACUCACCAGACGGCGGAGAGCCACUUUAUGGACUCACCCACUCCUCCAAAUGGCUCCUUCGUGACGCCGAGCACACCCUCGCUCCGAUGGUGCUAGCGGAGCUUCACAAAUGGAUGGUCGACCCAUGGCUCUGUUUCUCCCAAGGCGUUAAAGAAGGCGGCGACCAAUUCCAAAAGGCCAACGGCCUUGACAUUUGGAGCUUCGCUUCCAGAAACCCCCAAUUCAACCAAUUGUUCAACAACGCCAUGGCUUCCACUUCCAAAGUCAUCAUGAAAGCGGUUCUCUCCGUUUACCAAGAUGGGUUCAGCUCGAUUGAGUCACUAACCGACGUCGGCGGUGGAAUCGGCGGCGUCAUCUCAGAAAUCGUCAAAGCAUUCCCCCACAUCAAGGGCAUCAACUACGACCUGCCGCACGUAAUCAGCACAGCUCCGCCGUAUCAAGGAGUGACCCACAUCGGAGGGGACAUGUUCGAAGCCAUUCCCAAGGCCGAUGCCGUGUUUAUGAAGUGGAUAUUGCACGAUUGGGAUGACAAGGAGUGCGUGAGGAUUCUUGAGAACUGCAAGAAAGCGAUACCGGAGAAAACAGGGAAAGUGAUUCUAGUAGAAGUGAUUUUGAAGGCGGAUGGAGAUGGCCCAUUUGAUGAUACUCGAUUCUAUUUUGAUCUGUUAAUGUUGGCGCAUACCAAUGGAAGAGAGAGGACAGAGAAGGAGUGGAAGAACAUAUUGGAAGAAGCUGGGUUUCCCCGAUACAGAGUUAUUGCUCUUCCUGCUUUAACUUCCAUUAUUGAAGCUUAUCCAUCCUGAAUCUUGUUGUUUCCGACUUAUCCCACUAAUAAUAAGUUUGAACUUUCUGCAAAUUUUGUUCAAAUUUAGAUGAUUUCAUAUCAUCACUCUAUUUCCUUUCAUUUGGUUAUGAUUCAAGUUAUCACAUGUAAGUUCAUCAAUGA